UGAUGCUGAUGCGGUUUGGGAUUCGACCUUCGACAGCUACUCGGCUGCUCCAUUGCGGACUGCAAGAAGACCUCGUCGUCUUCCAACAAGUUUUGCAAGGCCUGUCUGUUUGUCUACUCGUAAGAAGGGGAAAGGGGUACGAUUUGGUGGUAGCAGUGGCAUUUGGCUUUGUCAUGAAGUUUCGGAAACAUGGAGGUGGCGAGAUUUCAUUGUUCUCGUGGUAGAAACUCGUGGGUUGCAGCUGAUAUGGGGUUUGGAAGGGCAACCGGCGGAGACGCAGAGGACGCCUUCUGCUCCGGCGUUUCUGUUGCCUAAAUCCGUCCGGAAUUAGCAGCAAAGAUUGGAUUUUUGUGUGUGUCCUUGACUGCUACUGGCAGCCUUCAUGAUUCGCUGCUGUGAGGACAGGUAGAUGCUAGAUCCACUAAAUUGGUUGCAGAGAUGGAGUCUGGAAACGGGUUCUUUGCGCUGGAGGAGCCCCGCCUAGAUCCCAAGUGGCUCAUCGAUCCCAAGUUGCUCUUCGUCGGGCCAAAGAUCGGGGAGGGCGCUCAUGCGAAGGUGUAUGAGGGAAAGUACAAGAAUCAGAAUGUUGCUAUUAAGGUUAUGCACAAAGGGGACACCUCCGAGGAGUUGGCGAAGAGGGAGGCGAGGUUCGCCAGGGAGGUGACGCUGCUCGCCCGGGUUCAGCAUAAGAACCUGGUCAAGUUCAUCGGCGCUUGCAAGGAGCCCGUGAUGGUGGUGGUCACCGAGCUUCUGCUAGGGGGCUCGCUGCGCAAGUACUUGGUAAACAUGAGGCCGAGGAGCUUGGAGCCUCGGGUUGCUGUUGGCUUUGCGCUGGAUAUAGCUCGGGCCAUGGAGUGCUUGCAUUCUCAUGGUAUCAUUCACCGUGAUCUGAAGCCUGAGAACUUGCUGUUGACUGCAGAUCAGAGGACAGUGAAACUUGUCGAUCUUGGCUUGGCAAGGGAAGAAACAUUAACAGAGAUGAUGACUGCUGAAACAGGGACAUACCGUUGGAUGGCCCCAGAGUUAUAUAGCACUGUGACGUUAAGGCAUGGGGAAAAGAAACAUUACAAUCACAAGGUGGAUGUAUACAGCUUUUCGAUUGUGUUAUGGGAGCUGGUUCAUAAUAGGCUUCCAUUUGAAGGCAUGUCUAAUCUGCAGGCAGCCUACGCAGCUGCUUUCAAGAACGCCAGGCCCAGUGCAGAUGACCUUCCCAAGGAACUGGCUUUGAUCUUAACUUCUUGUUGGAAGGAGGACCCAAAUUCAAGACCCAACUUUAGCCAGAUAGUUCAGAUGCUUCUACAUUAUCUGUCCACACUUUCGCCACCCGAACAUGUGGUUCCUUCCCGUGCCUUCAGUUCUGAGAACAUGGUUUUACCACCCGAAUCUCCUGGGACGAGUUCACUGAUGGCGGCUCGAGAUGAAAUGGGUGAUACGACAGCGGCAGCAAUGGAGAACAACCAGAGGGGAUUCUUUUUCUGCUUCAGCCAGUGCUUCUGAACCAUUUUAAGGAGAGGCUCAAGGCCCCCCAAAUUGUAUCAUGGAAUCGCAGCUUAAGGAGAACCCUGCUGCUGUUUGCACGGGUUUCUACAAUGCGAUAGUUAGGGAUGAACAAGAGAAGAAGUUCAGGUAGUUUGUAAGUAAAACUUGCUUGAUUUGCUUUCAUAUCUGGGAUAAAUUUCUUGCCUAAAUGCUGGUGGAAUGGCUCGAGAAGCCUUCUCUCUAGGGUAACCAGGGUUUGAAAUUGUUGAAUUUCCAAAUGUGCAAAAGAACAGAGCUAGGAGCUCAAUAAAUCGGAACAUAUUAUAGGGAUUCUGGAAUUACAUUAUCGAUA